AUGCAUUCCUUCAAGCGCACCAUCCUCCUCCUUGGAGCCCUUCUUCCUGCCGUCUUUGGCGCUCCCGUCGAACCUCGUCGCGCCGCUGAGAAGAUCCCUGGAAAGUACAUUGUCACCUUCAAGCCCGGCCUUGGAGCUGAGCAGAUUGAUACUCACGUCACCUGGGCUUCAAAUGUCCACAAGCGCAACCUUGAGCGCCGUGAUCUUUCUGACCGCGACUCAUACGCCGGGAUCGAGAAGAACUACAAGAUCAACAAGUAUGCGGCCUAUUACGGCUCUUUCGACGAUGCCACCAUCGAGGAGAUCCGGAAGAGUGAAGACGUCGCUUACGUGGAAGAGGACCAGAUUUGGUAUAUUGACGCCCUGACCACCCAGAGCGGCGCUCCCUGGGGUCUCGGAUCCAUUUCCCACAGAGGUCAGCAGAGUACCGACUACAUCUAUGACACCAACGGCGCCGGCGCAGACACUUACGCAUACGUCGUGGACACUGGUAUCAAUGUUGGCCACCAGGAAUUCGGCGGACGCGCCAGCCUCGCAUACAACGCUGCAGGCGGCCAGCAUGUCGACACUGUCGGACACGGCACCCACGUCGCUGGAACCAUUGGCGGCACAACCUACGGUGUCGCCAAGCAGGCGAACCUCCUCUCUGUGAAAGUCUUCCGCGGUGAAUCAAGCAGCACCUCGAUUAUUCUUGACGGUUUCAACUGGGCUGCCAACGACAUUGUCAGCAAGGGCCGCACCGGCAAGGCCGCUAUCAACCUGAGCUUGGGUGGUGGAUACUCCAACUCUUUCAACCAGGCUAUUGACAAUGCAUUUGACGCCGGUGUUCUCUCUGUUGUGGCGGCUGGCAAUGACAACGCCGAUGCUUCCAACACCAGCCCCGCUUCCGCGGAGAACGCUCUUACCGUCGCAGCUAGCAACCGCGCCAACUCCCGUGCCUCUUUCUCCAAUUAUGGCGAUGUAGUCGACAUCUUUGCUCCUGGUGAGAACAUCCUCUCUGCCUGGAUUGGCUCCUCCACUGCGACCAACACCAUCUCGGGAACAUCUAUGGCCACUCCCCACAUUGUCGGCUUGUCUCUCUACUUGUUCGCUCUCGAGGGACUAUCCUCCCCUGCGGAAGUGACUGCCCGUAUCAAGGAGCUGGCCACCCCCGGUGUUCUCACCAACGUUGCCGGCAGCCCUAACGCUCUUGCGUACAACGGCAACGCUGACUAA